AGACAGGCGGGAGUUCCCUGGUAAUGGUUGUCCUUUAUCUGAUAAGAUGCGGACGUUCUUUCCGUCCCCACUGCUUCCUAACAGUUCAAUUGGUCGGUCAAAGGUGCGUCGUUGGGCUCGUUUUCAUAUUAUCGGGUGGUCAUCUAGACCCCAACUGGUUAGUCGGAUCUCCCGCCCGACGGGUGUUUCAGUACGGCGACUACGCCCAGACUGCGGCCGAGCAGGGCGAUUGUGCGUUCGCUGCCCAGAUCGGCAACGUAUUAUCUUUAUCCAUCUCUUAUUGCUUUCAUGGCCAACGUGUAAGAUUGGGCCUCCGUUUAGCAUUGCAGCUGACAACCGCUACUUACACUUUUUGAUCUGGCCCUUCUUAUCUAACGGAACCUUGACAGUCCGACCCCCGUGUUCGUAUCGAUAAGCAACGAUGUCAGUAUCACACUUUUUCACGACACUUUGUACUGGGAUUGCGCCUAUCGUUGGUCAGGCUCUAGGUUAAGCUUCGGUUGAUCACUCAUCUUCUAAAGAGCCGGUGCUUGAACAUGGGAUCUUUCUGUUCUUGGUCGACGUCAC